AUGACACAUGCAUUUCUCCAGUCUGAGUUGGCGAGCCUCAUCUCAGACUCGAAACGAAGAUACAAUGAUGUGCGCGCGGCUGCCGAGCAAUCGCUCGCCGAUCUCAAAACAAUCUCGCUGACAUCCGAGACUCAGCUAGCGGGCGACCUGUACCGCCGACCACAAUUCAUUGAACCCUUUAUUCUCGCUUGCAAAUCCAGAAACACUAAAUUAGCAACCACCGGAACUGCCUGUAUCCAGAGAUUGACAGCAAGUAAUGCGCUUGCUCGGACAAGGCUGCCCGACGUUCUAGACGCUUUUCGUGAUGGAGUGGCCGCAAGCUAUGAGCCUCAACUCAAAAUUCUACAGACUCUGCCCUCUCUGCUGCAGCUUUAUGCCUAUGACAUACAUGGAGAGCUCCUCGCCACAGUUUUGGAACUAUGUGCGACUCUUCAAUCCAGUCGCACCGCAGUUGUGAGCAAUACAGCGGCAGCAACCUUCCAACAGUUGGUCUCGACAGUUUUCGAAAAGGCUGUGGAGAGUGAAAAAGCCAGGUCGUUGCGUGAACGCGAUGACCAAGAUGUCUCAGAUGGAGAUCAACGAGGUACCGCUUUGGAUGAUGCAACCCGGCUUUUCGAUGACUUUUGUCUACUGCUCGACCACCAAAGACCCCAAUACCUAAAAGUAGAAAGCCUCGCUCCUGGGUUUUUGCUCGAAACUUUGCAAUCGAUCCUGUCAGCUUACGAAUCUCUUCUUACAGCUGAGACACUCCGCGAUCAGACGUGGCCAGAGAACCUCAUGCACGGUCUUUCGCGUGUCUUGACCAGGAGAGAUGCUUUUGGCAUGACAUCGCGUGCACUGUCGAUUCUACUCUUGCUCUUCCAAGCUCGCGCUGAGGACUUACGAGAUCAACUGGCGAGGAUGACCCCUCUACUUAUAGGCGCAUUGGAGAAGGAUGGCAACCCACCAUGGAAACGGGCACUUUUCUUGGAAUUCUUCCGGACCCUCUGCUCUGACUUCGGGAUAUUCCGGGAGAUCUUCCGCCUGUUUGACAUGGGAAAAGAUUCAGUCAACUUAGUAGGCCAACUGAUGUCUGCGCUAGUCCGCAUUGCAGCAGAAGAUCCGUCGUUAAUCGGGCUCGGGCGUCAGUCCACCGUCCCUGUCCAACGUGUAACCGACCCAAAGAGUGAAGAGGCUGCGUCAAUUGAAGCGCAAGGCCUUGGUGGUGCUAUUACCUCCGUCACUUCGAAUGAUGCAAGUACUACUGGUAUAAGCACUCACUGGAGUGUGGUGGCUGUUCGACUCAUGGAUCAACCCGAAAAGAACACUCCCCCUACGAUCCCAAGUACUUACAUAUACACUCUAGUCCUGGACUCUAUCUCAUCCUUAUGUGACGGUUUGUCGAAGUUCAUUAUGCCACUGAGCGUCCCCAGUCGAGCCUCACAACGAGAAUCUUCAGAGAUGGGGCGCAGAGACAGUUCUGCCACGGAUCGAACAGACGAUGAAAUAGCACGGAGAUCCAUUCGGCCAAUAUCCUCCUCUCAGAAGUACCAACGACUAAUAAAUCCCCUUACCUUGGAGAACCAUCGACUCUUUCCCCAGAUUCGAACCUCUGCAGAACUUAUUGAGGCCUGCUGGCCGGCUGCGCUUGCCACAUGCUCAACAUUCCUCAAUGCGGCACUGGACUCUGAAUUUUACCAUACCUUGAUCCGAUCAGUCCAGAAGCUAGCUCAAGUUUCCGGUGUGAUGGAGCUCUCCACACCGAGAGAUGCAUUGCUCACGACCUUGGCAAAAGCCUCCAUCCCGUCUAAUGCGAUCAAUUUCAUAGCUGCCUCUCAAAACAUAAAGUCGACUCGGACCGCAAGUGCGGAGCAUGGGAUUCUCAACGACAUGCUAAAAUCUCCAACCGAACCGCUCCCAACACCAACUUUUCAGGUCAGCAGCUCGCCUCUAAACGUCAGGCAUCUACUUUGCCUUCGAGCUUUGUUGAACCUCGGGAUUGCUCUUGGGCCGACCCUGGAGGAAGAUGCCUGGUUCAUCCUCAUCGAAACCAUGCAGACGGUCGAGGCUUUGAUCGCAAUGCCGAGCGCAAUGACAGCCAAUGCACAAUCUGGAAGCCCGAGAAUCGGUGUCUCCGGUACUGAUAGUCAGACCACUCUUUCGACCGAAAUAGGCGCUGUGCAGGCCGCAACAAAGAGAAUGCUGGAGAGCACACGAAGUUUCAGCGCGGAGUCGUUUGCCGUGAUUGUACAGGCCUUAUUCCGCCUGCUCGGGCAGACCAAUGGGGGAAGCAAUUCUCAGCCAUCGGAGCAAGGACUCGCCUCCCCUCCCUCUCCUACUCGACUAGGAGCUCCGAGGCCGGCACAUCAUGUUUCACGGAGUGUAUCUGGCAUGUGGACAAAGUCGAAAACGCUUGAUCUCGAGAUCGGGUUCGUUCUUAACAAGCUCGGCGACUUGUCCCGCAUCAAUAUAUAUCGGUUCGCAUCUUCUACAGAACUGUCUUGUUCCUGGCAUCUAAUUGCGGGUCGUUUGCUGCGCCUCUCCCAGGAUAUCAGUGUCGCUGGCAACCAUCGGAUACAAUCAGCCAGCAUACUAGACUUGAUCUCCAUGGAGACAGUGAAGUUGCUGGAUGAUGCGCGUUUCGAAGCGGGAGAGGCGGACACCAUUAGAUCCCGCUGUUUGCGAUCCCUCUUGCAACAAUUAGAGUCUUUUGACGAGACUCCAAGUCGGAGGUAUGAUGGCGUCGAGCUGGAAAUCCAUAAGAGGCUUCUCGAUGCUCUGGAAAGUAUGCUCAGCCACAGCGGAGAAUCGUUAAAUAACUGCUGGCCGAUCGCACUGGAAAUUCUCUCCAUGUCGUUCGCAAAAAGAGGACAGGGACAGCCACAGCUCGCCGACGAAUCAAUGGAACAAGCCGACAAUAUCACACAAACAGCCCAAAUACUAAGGGUUGCCUUCAGAUCUAUACAAUUAACCACGUCAGACUUUCUUGGUGUACUUGAUCUUACUUCACUCGCAAAACUGGCCCAACUUCUCCGUCAAUUUGGCUCUCAGCAUUAUGAUUUGAACGUGGCGCUAACAAGCACAACUGUUCUGUGGAGUCUCGCGUCUCAGGCCUUAUCAAGAAUUGAGACAAUCGACAUCACUGCGAUGCCCACUCUGGAGGGCCGAGUAGAAGAAGUCGCUUCGAAAUCGGAAUCUUCAUCCGGCACAAUCUGGAGUCUCAUUCUGCUACAACUGAUCGAGCUGUGUAAAGAUGAGCGCGCGGAUGUUCGAAAUGCAGCUAUCAAGGUCCUCUUGAAAAUGCUUGAUGCCUCGAGCGAGGCUCUAAGCUCAAAUACAUGGGCAGUCACUCUCCAAGCCGGCCCUUUGGACACUGUUCGAUUUUGCAUUUGCCAGUAUGAUACAGACAAGAGUGACCAGAACGAAUGGAUGGCAUCAGCGGCUCAGUUGACGGAGGGCAUCAUUCAAAUUAUAUCUCAAAAUCUGCCAGUGAUCGCCAUACAUGAUGAGUUCAAAAAUACAUGGCUGCGCAUUAUGAGCGUUUUGAAGGCUCUGUUAAGCACGACCUCUCUGGCUGCCUUUUCGUUAGCUUUCUCGAAUCUAUCGAAACUUCUUUCCGCGCUCUCAGUCUUAGGGAAUGUUGAGGAAGAUCUAAUCGUGCUUCCAAUGCAGUUAUGGGCAGACUAUCACCCCGCUAAACUUAGACGAGACUCUCAAUCUAAUCGUCUAUCUGGUGAAGAAUUACCGAAUCAACAAGCCUUCACUUCGCAUGCCAAUGUCUUUGUUGAGGCAUACAAGACUAGACCUGCUGCAGUAUCGAAUUAUAUGCGAGGUCAUGCUUCAAUAUUGAUGGGUUCUAUUGAGCAAGGGAUUCUGUUAUGUGUACAUCCGCCUUACACAAGUGAUGUAAAAGCUUUGGCACUAGAACAAAAGGAGGCCCUUCAAUGCGUGGCGAUACUGAAGACUCUCUUGUGUGACCAAGUGUCGCAAUAUUCCCAAUUCCUCCUCCGGCUGCUGAGUCUCACUCUAAAUAUCGAGGACGGAAGAGUUGGGGCCCAACAGAAGAAAUCUGCGAUAUCAAAAUCUGCGCAGAAGCCAACAUUCAUCGCCUUUGCAUUCGCGUGUCUGGAAAAUUUCCGGAAUUCAGUUCUAGAGCAUGCAAACGAUGAGAAUUUCAUCCACAUCCUAGCCGUGCAAAUGGCAUGUCAAGUACUUUCCGCCAUCAUCAACACGAAAUACACAAAAAUCCCAACAAACAGUCAAGCACCGCUAUGGAGAAAUGCCACCGUCACUGCAGUCGUCAUGCUUGAAGCUUUGCAGAAGCAUGUGAGUCGCAGAAGGUUGCGGCCAGCGGAUUCCUCUCACUUUGAUGGUCUGGGACUAGACAUCAUCUCCAUCGCGGUCAGUAUGCUGAACCCUGGUAGCCUGUCCAAUCCACCCGGUCCGGAUCACAGUGAAGAGACAACCAUGGACGAUGAAACUUUCGAUAUCGAACACUUUCGACUACUACACAAAGCUGUAGUCUCCAUUUUCCAAACUUCACAAGAAAUUGGAGAAGAUGCCUGUAAGGGAUACCCGAUUAUCCUAUUCAAGGCUUCACUGCUCGCGAAACCUUGGUUCUACGACAUUCCACAUGACCUGAAUGAUGAGCCGUUGAAGGGUUUGCUACAGGCAAGACCCGGCAGUGUCCACCGCCCUGUCUUUGCCGUGAGACGGAGGAUUUGUUACGCGGCGUUGGAUGCGCUCUUUGGGCUCGUCUCGCAGCAGAAAUGUUCGCAACUGAGCGGGGACCAAAGAGAUCAGAGGGGCUCGAGCUGUAAGUUAGCAUGCGCGGCAGCCCCUUAUCUCGUACUGCGCGUAACGCAUUCCUUGAAGACGUUUCUAGCGGACCAGCGGUUGAGAGGUCUUACUCCGCCACCCGAGCCACAGCAAGUCGAAUUGCAGGUCGUACUGUCCAAGUUCGUUGAGUUGAGGAGCGAUGGCCAUGCGAUUGCCAAAAUGACGCAAGCACUCGAGGGGAGUCUUACACAGAAGGGACCUUCCAGCGGAUUGCUCGUUGCUAUGCGGAGAUUAGAGGUGGACGCGAUAGAUGACGGCAAAUCCCACCUUCGCGUCCUCUACAGCAUGAUGCUGCGCGUCCAGAAGUUCUGGCAAGGACUGCCAAGACUAAAAGGGCUUGGAGCACGGGCGUGGCAAGAUGAUGAGCCUGGUAAGGCAAUCGAGGCGGCCCUUGAACGGUGGAGGAGAGCCGUCGGCGAAGAAUGGGGAUUUACGGGAUUUGACUAG